AUGGCCUUGUUCGCAGGGCGCACAUGGAAUAUCAUGGAGGACUACGAAAUCUUACUGGUGAGAAUCUUGCCCGUAUUUGCACUGCGUAUGCUAAGCAUCUUACAGCUUAACACAACUUCUAUCACCGACUGGUCCAAGUCUUGGUCUCACCUCAAAAUUUUGACUACACCAAGGCUUUCCCUUGAUCCCCGCAAGAUCAAAGUGGAUGACGAUUCCAAUGACGAAAAAGUUCAGCUCAAGGACAACUUGCCUGUAGACAUUCCUCAGCGUGAGGGACCGCCAUACGACUUCUACUCAUUGCACGGAACUGGAAUAUGCAUGGGCUGGUCUUGCCGAGUCCAGAUGACCCUGCUUCACACAGAGAAGUCCAAAACUGUCCUCGACCUCUACGAGCUGUUCAUGAAACUCAUCAACGGCGCGAUUGAGGGCUUCGCCGAUGCCGGGAAUGUGAAGGCCAACCUGAAGACCUUGUACGGUGCCCACAACGCCUUCACCUUGACGUUCACCAUUGCCACUGGCAUCCAAGGAAUCUUCGGGUUCCUCACCACUUGGUUCGCGAUUUACAACCCACCCAUUCAUAAAAAUGACAGCAGCAACCGUCACAAGAUCAUCAUAUCAUCGCACUGGAUUGCUUCGAUUGUAUCUGCGCUGUUGGGGCUAUUGAGCGGCAUCUCAGGUUCUAGCAUGACAUCCGUCGCCACAAACCAAAUCCAGGUGUGUAAAGACCGCCCACCCACUGACCAAUACAACCACGUUGUUAUUGUAGAGGACGUUUAA